AGAUUGAUCGUCACCUUGCGCGAGUGUUCAAUGUAUUUAGUAGUGCAUUGACCCUGCAUCAAGAUGGCUCGCCGGAAGCUUUUGUUCUUAUUGGCUUUCGUAACUGUGAUCUCACAACUUUCGCACGCUGCAGCGUUCAAUAUUCUCGCUAUAGUGUCUGUGCCAUUGAAGAGCCAUUACAUGGCAUUCCAAAUGUUGUUUCGCGAGUUAGCCAUAAGAGGGCACUCGGUUACCGUUAUAAACAAUUAUCCCGAUGUGAAUCCGCCGCCAAACUUAAAGUUUGUAAAUAUAUCAACACACGGACCAAAUACAUUUCCUCAUAUGACGGAAUUCGAACAAAGCGAGUACGCUAGUUUUUAUAAAUUUCAGAAUUUACUGAAGCAUAUUGUUGUGGGAGGUAAACGUGCGGUAAUGGAUUGUGAAAAUUUGUUCACGAACGAGAAUAUGAAACAGUUUCGCGCUAAAGGGGAAAACUUCGAUGUGAUAUUUGUGGAGCAGUUUAUGAGUGAUUGUGGACUAGUUUUCGCGGCUUUGUACGACGCUCCUAUCAUUGGUAUAACAUCUCACACUUUGCUUCCUUGGGCUUAUGCGAGGCUGGGGUUACCAUUUGAUUUCGGCUCAGAAGCCUUCUACUUCAGUGAUGCGGGAACAAACCCUAGUCUCCUUAACAAAAUUCAGUCCUACAUAGCUAACCUUUUCUUUACUACGUUGGGAGAGCUGAACAUUUAUCAAAAUAUAUAUAAGGUUUUCGACAUGUAUGUGCCAAAUAAUAAACUGAAUGUAGACACAAUAGCGAAGGAAAAGAUGAAGAUGAUGUUUGUUUAUCAGCACCAUUCGGUAACAGGAGCCCGACUUAUGGCACCAAGUGUCCUUGAGAUCGCCGGGAUACAUAUACAAACACCAAAGCCCGUGCCGAAGGAUAUAGAAAAGUUUAUAGACAGCGCGAAUCACGGUGUGAUCUACGUAAGCUUCGGCUCUAAUCUGAAGAUGAGUACAAUGUCAAGCAAAAAGUUGCAGCAAUUUCUAGACGCAUUUAAGAAGAUUCCGCAGAAGGUUCUUUGGAAAAUUGAGAACAGUACACUUAUUGCUGGCAAUGAAAAUGUGUUCGGUAGCAAUUGGUUUCCUCAACUAGAUGUUUUAUGUCACCCAAACGUCCUAGCUUUCGUAUCACACGGUGGUAUGCUAAGUCUCUCCGAAGCAGCCCACUGCGGUAAGCCGCUACUGACGAUACCCUUCUUCGGAGACCAGUUCUCCAACUCGGCGGCCGUGAGGGAAAGUGGUUUGGGCACCAUGAUGUACUUCCAAGACGUAACUGCUGAUACACUGUCUGAAGCUAUCAGAGAGUUAACUUCACCAAAAAUGCAAGCAAAUGCCAAACGUGUUUCGAAAUUAUGGCACGACCGACCUCAAAAUGUGAUGGAUAGCGCCAUCUAUUGGACGGAGUACGUAGCGAGACAUGGUGACGCACCGGCAGCUUUGCCUUCUACGAGGACCACGUGGUUCCAGAGGUCGCUACUAGAUGUCUAUAGUGUACUUUUAGGAAUUUUGUUUGCUAUUUUAGCGCUAGCUUACUUAAUUUUUAGAAAAAUCAAACUUAUUUUAGGAAGCUUGUUAAAUUUAUUCUCAACUCGUACUAAGUCAAAGAGUAAAGAUAAGAAAAAACGCUCUUAGGAGGAUAACUACAUGAUAAGCGAAAGCAAAAAUUAUAAGGCUGUAUAUUGUGAAGUCGUUGGUAUUUUGUACUUAUAAUUUUAAAUAUAAAUAGGUCAGGUGAAGUCACGAGUUUCCAAACUUUCAGUUGUUAAAUAAGAUUAGCAUUUUGUUAUCACCAUUUGUGAAACAAAUGUUUCACAGCCACAAUAAUUCUUGGCCUCCUAGUCCGAGCUGGGCAAAUACCUCCAUUCUCUCAAGCCGAAGGACAAAAUGGUAUAUAUAUAGAGCUCAUCUCCUCCACUCUGCUUUAUUGUACAUUGGUGGGCUUUAUCAAUUAUUGUUAUGUAUGAAGAUUUCUCCUGCCAUUGCUAGCCGUGCAGGUAGAACAUCCGCUUGGUCUCGACAAUUCAUAGUAUAAUAAAAAUGCUGCUCAAAACAUUCGCACGAAUUUAAAUCACGCACCGCUAUUCCAGAUAUUUGUAUCUGAACUAUACGAUUUUUUAAUAGCAUGUACGUAUAUUAUAUUGAAUUAUAUUGUACAUAAUUGAAUUUUUUUUUGCGCAUAGAGAGGCCUCUAAUAAUCGCUAGUAGGCAGCGACCGUGCUUAUGAGUCUAAGGGCGUGGGUGUCGGUGUUUAUCUGUAUAUUGAUGUGAAACAUCUAUAGGCGGAGGGUAAACCUGAGUAAUAUGGAAUAUAUGUACUUUACGUACUUAAGUUGUCGUGAUUUCAAAUAAAUUG